UCUUCCCGGUGUCUCAAUCCCGUUACUUUUCGUAAAAUAUAAGCCGACUGUGCUCCACAACGUUGGCUGUUCAACGUGUGCAAUCUUACGUCAGUUUCAUAUAUUUAAAUGUUUAAAAUAAAAGCUCAUACACAGAGAAGUAUUCUCUUUGCGUUCAUUGACGAACAAUCCAAUUGUGCGAGGAUACGUCUACGAGUUACGCGACUAGAAAAGGUGCCUUUGAAGGGCUGAUCGUGCUCAGUGAAAUCAUCACAACGAUGGAGAACGUGGCUAACUGUACAGCCGAAGACACGGCGAAACGGUUCCAGACUUAUUUGAGAAAGUACGAGAACGACGAGAAAUUGGUCGUCUUGAAAACAGUGGAUGAAACUCAGACGGAUGAAACCGAGACGGGGAUGAAACUCGCCUCGAGUUUUACAUCGAAAGUAAUCAGAAUUACAAUCACUGGCACACGAGGAGACGGAAGUCCAUACAUCAAGAAUUUUAUCUGGAAGUCGAUGGUGCCGAAGAGUCCGGCCUCCACGUUCAGUGAUAUUAAUUUGUUAUACUAUAUUGAAGGACAUGUGUACAGCAAAGUACUGCCUAUUCUUGGCCCUUACGGUCCUGCAUGUAUAUAUCAGGACGAACAGAACGUGAUAAUGGAAGAUUUAACCGAGAAGGGUUACGUCCUCCGCACAGGUUAUUUGGAUCUAAGUCACACUGUUUUGACAUUGAAGAUACUCGCCAAAUUUCACGCGUCGUCUUUAGCCUUGAAGAUCAAUGAUCCACAGCGAUUCGACGAGAUCGUUACACCUUUAAAAGAAAUGAUCUACACGAAAGAUAACAAAACGUUUAUGGAAAAUUUAAUUCCGCAAGCCUUACAGUGGACAAUAAAUAAUAUAGGGUACAUAAAACCACAAACUCAAGCGUUGCAAACAAUGAAAAAUGUUAUCUUCAAUUGCAAAUUCGAUAUCUAUAACAAUUUAAAACAAUUGUUCUCCGAGCCAAAGCAAAAAUAUUCUACGAUGUGCCACACUGAUGUGUGGAUCAAUAAUCUGCUCUAUUUGUAUGAUGAUAACGACAAGCCGAUUGAUGUAAAAUUAAUCGAUUACCAGAAUGUUAGGUAUACCUCGGCAGCCUUAGAUCUUCUUAAUUAUAUAUACAGCAGCGUGUCAUCGUCACUGAUUGAAAAUAGCUACGAAAGCCUCAUUAAGAUCUAUCACAGUACACUUCUCAAGGAGCUUCGUCAAUUACACGUGAGUGAAGUGGUUUUGGCGGAGCUCGGAGAAGAAUGGUUGGAAGAGGGCUUGAAAAUGUAUGCAUUUUUUGCAUUAAUUACUGGAUGCUGGGUACUACAUAUGGUUUUAGCGUGUGAUGAGGAAAUAAAGAUGUAUCAUAAGUACGGUCCGCGCUUUGAUUUGCGUUUUGCCAAAUCACACAAAGGCAAAUUCGAGCGAAUCAAUUGUAUCGUGACGCAUUACUACAAUAGAUAUCACUUGGGUAUUAUUCGUGACGAUCUCGAACCGCUUCCUGUCACGGAGUAGUCUUCAAACUUCUCGUUCAAACUAAUAAGGGCUUGCAAAAGUUCGUCGGACCAUUAGCCGUAUAUUUCUUUCUUUGUUAAUAGUAAUUAAUUAUUAAUAGUAAUUAAAACAAUAUAUGUUACAUUUAA